CACUGAACUCCAGACUCCUCCUCCGGUGUGACUGUACGUGCCCUGCGUCUUUGCGCUCCUCUCUUUCCCCUACACACCAGAUACAUCCAGACCACAGACAUGGCUACAUAAGGGUGCACAUGGCGGCUUGCAGCCAUGAACCAAAAAACAACUCACCAAAAACUACAGAUGCAUCUCCGAUUUGACUGAUUUUCGAUUGAUCAACUUCCACAUCCGCCGCAAUAUUCUUCAGUCCGGUUUUCAGCAUUCGGGAGAGGCUGCUUGCUUGCAACUCUCUCUCACUCUGUCUCCAUUUCCUCCACAGACAAUUUUACGUUCUUGCUCAACUCGAAAUAACAGUAGAUAUCAUAUUGUACAACAACAGUCAUGGGUGUGCAGGGUUUCCAGGAAUACAUAGAGAAGCACUGCCCCAAUGCCGUGGUGCCGGUGGAGCUCCAGAAACUCGCCCGCGGGAGUUUGGUCGGCGGCGGCCGGCAGAGACCCCCCCAAACUCCGCUCCGGCUUCUAGUGGACGCCGAGAACUGCCUGCACCGGCUCUACGGCGGCUUCUACACCGACUGGGUGAGCGGGGGCCAGUGGAACCACAUGCUCGGAUACCUCGCCGCCCUCGCCAAAGCCUGUUUCAACGGUAACAUCGAGCUGCUAGUGUGCUUCAAUGGCGCCCUGGAGAAAGGCCGUCUCCACGAGUGGGUCAAGCGACAGGUGAACGAGAGGCAGACCGCCCAGCAGAUCGUCAGCCACGUCCAGAACAAGGGUACCCCGCCGCCCAAGGUCUGGUUCCUGCCCCCGGUGUGUAUGGCCCACUGCAUCCGCCUGGCGCUCCUCAGGUUCCACAUCGGGGUUGUCCAGACCAUCGAGGAUCAUCACCAGGAAGUGAUUGCCUUAUUUAGAGAAAAUGGGUUCCAUGGCCUGGUUGCCUAUGAUUCUGAUUACGCCCUGUGCAACAUCCCGUACUACUUCAGUGCCCAUGCUCUCAAACUCAGCCGCAACGGCAAAAGCCUCACCACCAGCCAAUACCUGAUGCACGAAGUUGCCAAGCAACUUAAUCUCAAUCCAAAUCGUUUUGUCAUUUUUGCUUCACUUUUAGGGAAUCACAUACUGCCUGAUGAAGACUUGGCUGCCUUUCACUGGAGUUUACUUGGGCCUGAGCACCCUUUAGCAUCCUUGAAGGUCCGUGCCCACCAACUCGUUCUUCCUCCAUGUGAUGUUGUCAUAAGAGCCGUGGCAGACUAUGUCCGCAACCUACAAGAUGUCCAUGACCUGGAAGCUAUUGCUAAAGACAUAUUCAAGCACUCCCAGUCUCGAACUGAUGACAAAGUUGUCCGUUUCAAAAAAGCAGUGGAGUAUUACGUCACCGCCAGCAAGCCCCCUCACUUUCCCCCUUAUUUAGUUAGACCAAAUCAGAUGGGAUUGCCAGCAGCACCGCAGAUGCUUAACAUUCCAGGCAAACCUGGGGUCCAGCAUGGCUAUUCCGGCCCUCCGUUUGCCGAGCCUGUCCAUGAGGCGGACCCGUCAGCUAAAGGGCUCCUAGAACAGAACAGCUACAGCAACAUUCCUAAUGAUGGGAAGCAGCACACGCCGCUCUACGAGAGGUUGUCCCCCAUCAACCCAUCUCACGGCGGCAACUCCAACCACACAGACCCAGCCUUCUUCAUCACCUCGUCCACAUCCUCGUCCUCCGAGAAUGAAGAAAACACAGGCUCCACUGCCAACCACGUAAGUGACCAUAAGGGAUGGGACAAACAGAGAACCCAGAUGGACAACAUCCCAGAAGGAGACCAUGGGGACCAAAAUAAAUCUGAUCCUUCUGUGACCUCUCCUGUAAACCAAGGCCCAGAGGAGAAAGGUCACGUAGGGGUCAAUGCCCAAAUUCCAUCCCUCCUUUCUAUGCCAACAAGAAAUCACAUGGAUAUUACCACUCCCCCUUUACCAGUGGUGGCACCAGAGGUGCUACGAGUCGCUGAGCACAGACAUAAAAAGGGCCUCAUGUACCCAUAUAUUUACCAUGUGCUUACCAAGGGUGAGAUUAAGUUAUCUGUCACCAUAGAGGAUGAUUUAUCUUUGUUUGACUGUCACUGCAUCUGUUGCCCCCAGAUUGAUAACCUGGAUCCACGCGGCGUUCAGCUGGCUGCUCUUUUUAUGAGCGGCGUGGAUAUGGCGCUGUUUGCCAAUGACGUGUGUGGGCAGCCCAUUCCCUGGGAACACUGCUGUCCGUGGAUGUAUUUUGACGGCAAGCUGCUACAGAGUAAACUCAUCCGGGCCAGCAGGGACAAGGCCCCACUUAUUGACCUCUGCGAUGGUCAGACUGAACUAGUUUCCAAGGUGGAGAAGAUGCGUCAGAGUAUCCUGGAAGGUCUGAACUUCUCUCGGCCACCCCAGCCGAUCGCAUUCCCCCCUCCACCUCCACACGCAAUGCCUUUCUACCCCCCCAACAGCACCUUCUACCCUCCACCUCCUCUGCCCCCACUGCAGGCUAGAAGCAGGGGCAUGCCUGUGGGGCUUCAAGCCAUCCCCUCACAGGGUGGUAAGCUUGAGAUUGCAGGCACAGUGGUGGGUCAAUGGGCUGGUAGUCGUCGUGGAAGAGGAAGAGCCUCGUUUCCCAUACAGGUGGUGUCAGUUGGUGGACCAACCAGAGGUCGUCCAAGAGUUGUGAUUUCUACUCCUGUUAUAAGGACCUUUGGUCGAGGAACCAAAUACCACAAUAGAGGGUUCAAGAGUCAGGGAACAUACCAGAGCAAGCCUGCAUAUGCUGCCUCAACCGAUGAAGUGAUAAAAGACAGAAUGGAGCCGAAUUUGGUGACCAAAACACCACAUCUGCCCUUAGAAGGGUCCACAGCAGCAGAGAACGGCUUGGUGGAGGGUAAAGAGGCAGACCAGCUCAAUGGGAACGAAGGGGAAAGUAGGGCUACAAACCAACCUGAAAGUGCCUUUAGCAACGAUUCUAAAAUGUGCAAUACUAAUCCUCAUUUAAAUGCACUAAAUGAAGAUGGCGAGGGCUGCAGAGAUGAAGCUCUGGAUGCCGCUGUCUUAAAAACAGAAGAGUAAACCUAUUUUUAUAGAGAGGGUGAAGGUUGAUGGAAGGUUACGUGUUAAGGAAUAUCUGGAAGGAUGGAAGACCUACAGUUGGUGUACAUUUUUUCCUCUCCGAAAGCGAUAAAUGAGGACUUAACGAAUUUUUGAAAUCCCUCUUCGACAUCAGCGAGUUAAAACCACAAAAUAACAAUGAGGAAACCUCUCGGUACAACAUAGAUAUACAAGUCAUAUAGAGAAUCGUACCAGUUUAAUGAUGAAAGACGGUGUUCUCCCUCAUCAAUGAUAUUACGUGUUUCAAAACUGGUUACAUUAAAUUAUUUUACUUUCUCGAUGAAAUGCAGAAAUCGAAAUACCGAUUUUCAUUUGCCAGUCUUUUAGUUUUAGUAAGUUGAGAUUCAAGGACCAUAUAUAUAUAUAUUUGCCAUUGUAAUUGAGUUUGUAUUGUCACAGUAAAUGCCUUUUUAUUGUUUGAAAACGUAAAACUCACGAUUUGAAAGACAAAACCAAGAACGCAUUUCUCACGUGUUGUCACUGUGAGUUUACUUGUGUUUUAAAUGUGCGGUUGUUUUGACAUUGAGUAACUAGUAUUACUGCUGCAUCUUAAGUUCUGAUGAUUUUAAUAUGCCAUAUAUUAGCGAUUAUAGGUAAUGUCAAGAAAUGGUUAGACCGAUCUCACGAGUUUCAAAUUAGCUCUUGAAAAAGUCUCUUUCCGUGUCAGAAAAUGCCAUGCAUCAGUGGUUUGUUGAAUCAAACUUAGCACAUUAGUCAACUGUCUCAGCUAAACUUUCUGCAUGGCUCACGAUUAAAAGAAAAAACAAACAAACAAAAUGGUGUGUAGUUAUAAUGCAUGUUGUCCUAUUUCUUCCUUCAUUACAAAUACCGUGCCCAUCUGCAAAAUUU